GGGAAGUCUUGUGAUGCUCUUGCUUUCUGGAGGGGGUGCGGUCGAGCGAAGGCUGUCGUCUGACUUUUCCUCGGUUGAGGAAAGGAACGGACUUUUCCUAAUAGCCAUGUGCUCCAGUUCGGUUUUGUUGUGGUCCUUGUCUCUGUUUUUGCGGCAACGCUGAAAAAAAAACUUCGACUUUCUUUCCUGAUUUGAAAGGCUGAGUUCUGUGCACGCGUAGGAGACCUGGCAGGAAUCACAUCACACUACUUCGUGUUUUGAGAAAAGAGAAGCCUUUCCGGGUGCUCUUGAUGUUUGCGUUUGAACUGCUCCUUGAUUAUAACUGCAAUCAUAUCCAUCAUGAACUUAAGCAACAGAGUCUUGUGCCAUUCAAAAGCUAACCUGCUUUAAUUUUUACGGCAGUGCUUACUAUUGCACACACACACCCCAUCAAUGAACCAACCAACUCCUAUUUCAAAAUAACACAUCCGGUGAUGCGGAUUGCCGCUUGUAGUUUGCAAAGGUCCAGAUGGUAGCAAAGCGUGUCUGGAUUUUUGCAGUCCAUAUCUAGUAGCCUAGUAUGGUAGCACAUCGUUUAUCCAUGGUGGCGUAUAAUUGUACUGUAUGUAUGGAAUGUGAUAGAAUUCAAGCAUUGCUCUGUGAGAGUACCUGUAUCUUCAUCUGUGAAAUGUUAGAAGGAGCAGGACAUCCCAUGAAGCCGCAUCGGUUGGCAUUGACCCACAGUCUGGUGCUACAUUAUGGACUCUAUAAGAAGAUGAUUGUAUUUAAGCCAUAUCAAGCUUCUCAGCAUGACAUGUGUCGCUUUCAUUCAGAAGAUUAUAUUGACUUCCUUCAGAGAGUCAGUCCUAACAACAUGCAGGGAUUCACCAAAAGCCUCAAUGCUUUCAAUGUGGGAGAUGACUGCCCUGUGUUUCCAGGAUUAUUUGAAUUUUGUUCUCGAUAUACUGGAGCUUCCUUGCAAGGAGCAACACAACUGAAUAAUAAGAUUUGUGAUAUUGCAAUUAACUGGGCUGGAGGCCUACAUCAUGCCAAGAAGUUUGAGGCUUCUGGGUUUUGUUACGUCAAUGACAUCGUGAUUGGCAUUUUGGAGCUUCUCAAGUACCACCCACGUGUGCUUUACAUUGAUAUAGACAUCCAUCAUGGAGAUGGUGUUCAGGAAGCUUUUUACUUGACAGACCGUGUCAUGACAGUAUCUUUUCACAAAUACGGGAAUUACUUUUUCCCUGGUACAGGUGACAUGUAUGAAGUUGGAGCUGAGAGUGGCCGCUAUUACUGUCUCAAUGUACCUUUGCGGGAUGGCAUUGAUGACCAAAGUUAUAAGCACCUCUUCCAGCCAGUCAUUAAUCAAGUGGUAGAGUUCUAUCAGCCAACUUGCAUAGUGUUGCAGUGUGGUGCUGACUCCUUAGGCUGUGAUCGCCUGGGCUGCUUUAACCUCAGUAUAAGAGGACAUGGGGAGUGUGUGGAAUAUGUAAAAAGUUUCAACAUUCCCCUUCUGGUAUUAGGAGGCGGUGGCUAUACAGUUCGCAAUGUGGCCCGAUGCUGGACUUACGAAACAUCAUUGCUUGUAGAUGAAGCAAUUAGCGAAGAGCUCCCAUAUAGUGAAUACUUUGAAUACUUUGCUCCAGACUUUACUCUCCACCCUGAUGUCAGCACUAGAAUUGAAAAUCAGAACUCAAGACAAUACUUAGAUCAAAUACGACAGACAAUAUUUGAGAAUUUGAAGAUGUUGAAUCAUGCACCCAGUGUCCAGAUCCAUGAUGUCCCUUCUGAUCUUCUGAGCUAUGAUCGCACAGAUGAGCCUGAUCCAGAAGAGAGAGGUUCAGAAGAUAAUUACAGCAGGCCAGAAGCUUCCAAUGAGUUCUACGAUGGUGACCAUGAUAAUGAUAAAGAAAGUGAUGUUGAGAUUUGAGGCCUGAGUCCUAUAAAUUUAGACUAUGUGAAUUUUCUGGAUGGUGAUACUCUAAGGAAGCAAUAGGUUCCAAUAGAAAAACUCUGUUCUUCCUACCUGUUUUAUGAAGUGAUGUCAGCAGGACUGGUAGAUCAUGGAAUUGCUUGAGCACAAAAAGCAGUGAGAGUUUCCACUUGACCUGAUCUUCUGCCAUUAUUUGUGGGAAUAAACAUGCAUAACUUCAGGUUCAUACAAAUAUGCUUUGUUGGUAGGUGGCUGUCUUCAAUUCUCAUUCUGCAACGGCCAUCACUCUUCACAGGGCUGCCACUCUUCAAGGAAGGACAGGAAGCACUAUUGUAUUCUGAACCAUUUUUAUUAUUUUGAGUCUCCUGAAGCACCUAAUUUGAAAUCUGCAGAAUCUGCAGUAAAAAGCUCACUUACAUGGUCAAAUUUUCAGCCUUCUAUUGCAAUAACUCAGAUAAAGGGAGAAAUCAGAUAAGUGGAUAUUUUACUUAGCUAUGAGGUGGAGGAGUCAUGUAUAAAGCACUCCAAUCAUGUGGGUUCUUUUAGAAUUUAUCUUUUGUCAGUUCUUCUGCUUGGGGAUACUAUGUAUUGCAUGGCAAUAUGGUUCCAAUUGAGAAAUUAAUUCUGUGUAUUUGGCAGGAUUUUGUGACUUUCAUGCACUACAGCAGAUGUCUAUAGCUUAUUGGACAUGCUUCUAUUUUUGCUUCAGUGAAGGUAUAAAGAUUUUAAUGAGAAGAGUCCUGGACCAAAAGUUAACACUCUUCAAUGUGUUUUUCUUCUGCUGUCUGUUAACUCCUAAAGUCCCAUGUUUUGAGUUUGAGUAUUAUCCAUUGAAUUCUAAAAGAAAUAAAUUAUAAGGAUAUUAAUCACAGAAAAAUGUAUUCCCUCUCCCUUUUUGCCCCAUUCAUAAUUGUCCUGAUACCUGAAGUACCCUUUGAGUGAGCUGAAGUGGGAAGAGAUUUCCCAACCUUAAUUCCUCCUGCAGUCAUCUAAUGUGGGCUUAAUUCUUUUUAACUAGAGUCUUAAACUACAUGUGCUGAGGAUAGUUGCCAACACUUCGAGAAGUUUUUUGCAACUAAAAUGACAGAGAGGAAUUGCUCUUCUCUUCCCUAUAUUUUACUGGUGGGCUUAAAAUAUUAAAAACAGUAUUUUCUUCUCUUCUCUCCUGUUCAUUCCCAAUUUGCCCUGCUGUGGCUUAAAAGUUGGUAUUUAGUAGCUACUGAGAUACAUCAUGAACCUAAAAUUGCACUGACUCUGUGUGACUUUGUUCACUGCCAUGACUGCAAGGACUGGCAGCCACUCUGAUGCAGAAGGCCACCCAGUUUGGGAGGCUCCCUCAAACAGCAUUGCAAGAGGAGGCUCCUCCUCCCAGCCCUUUCCCAUAGUCCAUGUUCUGUGUGGGAGGGUUGAGAGGAGCUCCACAGCAGACUGAAGCAAGGCUGUAGGAUCACCUUGCUUCAGCCUUAAAGUGCACUUUUAAAAGGCUUAGUUAAAGAGAAGUAUGACUCCUGAGCUUCACAUAGCCCUUGUGCUCUUUUUAAGGUGCCUCAGGUCAAAAGUUGGUGUUAAAAAACUGAUUGCUUGGGAUUCUUUUAUUUAUGCAUUUCUGAUGCAGCUUUCUGAUGCAUGUGUAUCACUCAGGGCAGUUUACAACAGUUAAAAGAAGCAAAAGGCAAAGCUACAAUUGUCACAGAAAUGUCUAAUAAAGAUUAUAAAGUAAUAAGCAGAGCAUAAUGCCUUCUAAAAUAUACAUCGCAUAAGGGAUGAAUGCCACCCUAAAAACAAAGGGCUUGAUCCACUGGUGGAAGCUCCUGCAACAAGAAUUCUCAUUGCUUAGGUGCAGCCAAGGCCAUUAUCUCCUAACUAAUACACCUGCAUCAUGGUUGAGACAUAAAGAGGAAUGUCUCCAUCAGAUCUUAGGGAGUAGGGAGAGGCAUCUGUAAGGUAUCCUAGAUUUAAAUAUGUUGAAGUUUUAAAGGUCAUUGUCAGCACUUUGGCUAUGAAUAAAAGCAUAUUGAGACUUCAUUCCUGUUUGUAAACUUUC